AUGGUCAACAACAAAUACAGGAAAGCUAGAAAGUUUGAGAGUGGACUUCGGGGCCCAAUACAAGAUCGAGUUAAUAUGCUCAACAUGCCAACGUAUGCCAGAGUGUUAGAUAAAGCCAUCCUAGCCGAAGCUAACUUGAGCAGAAGCCAGAGUUCAGGGGAGAAUCAGAGAAAGAGGCAGGAUUAUGACAAUCGCCAAGCACCAUCCGAUGUCAAUAAGAAGGUAAAUGUGGAUAAUUCAAGCAACUCGAAUCAGGAAAGUGGCACCAGGCCGACAUAUACAAGUUGCGGGAAGCAACAUUUUGGGGCUUGUUAUUGGGUAUCUGGAGCAUGUUUUGAAUGCGGUGAGAUGGGUCAUCGUAUUAAGGAUUGUCCCAAGGUAAAGGCUAAAGACGAUAAGAAGAAAUGA